AGCAUCAACGGAAGACGCGGAUCGCGUGAGCGGAGCGCGGAGUGGUACCGGUACCACUCGCGGGACUCGCGGUACCGAGAAGCGGUUGUUCGGGGCAUCGCCAUCACGCCAGUCUUUCAGUAAAAGCUGCGGACGCUCGAGGUGCACGCAGAGCGCGUUCGUUCACAGCGCACCAUAAUCCACAACGCGACGUAAACUACAAACUUAAAUUGUGGAUACAUAUCUAAACCAAACUAAACAAAUGCGUCGAUAAAAGUGUUCCCAAUUCGUAAUCAAUUUAUAUAUUUAACCUGAAAACGUGUGAAGUGUGAUAUUUCGCAGUUUCUACGUGUGCGAAAUAAAUUAAAGAAAUUGAUUAUGAAAUAUAUAGUUACGACAUUAUGGAUACAAUUACUAAUAGUAGUACUGGCAGUACGAGCAAAAGCCGUUCCGGUGCUUAUCCAGGGACAUGACGGCGAGACCGACGAAUACAAGGACAAUUGGAACUACAAGACGGAACCGCAUCGGACGCCAUUGUUGUCGAAUGUCGUAAGAAAUCACACGAAGCCGGCUAAAGCCACAGUUUCAUCUAGUGGCAGAUUAUUGUCGCUGUGGGAAAGGGAUGACGCGACACAUUUACCUAAAUUCGUCGACAAGGCGCUCAAACUGCUCAACCUCAAGCAAGUGGCUUUCGAAAUCGAGAAUUCGCUGCUAUCGAAAGUUUCGUGCACCGCAUGCAAAGCCGGCGCCGGACUUCUUCAGCAUUACAUUAGAACCGGCAAAUCGGACAAGGAAAUCAUGAAAAUGAUUUAUCAAUUCUGCGUCAAUCUCAAGAUUCAAUCAUCGCGUGUUUGUGAAGGUGUGACUGAACUUUUUGCUGGGGAAGUUAUUCAAGUACUUGACAAAGUACAAUUAGGACCUGAUGAAAUCUGUAGUUUUGUGAUUGGCGAUGGUUGUGGAGACGUUUAUAACCCUUAUCACGAAUGGGAAGUGAUGUUCCCACCUGUACCCAAACCGGAAGUGACGGAAUCUCGUGUUCCGGAAGAAAACGCGCCAUCGUUUAAAGUUUUACAUUUGUCUGACACUCAUUAUGAUCCAUAUUACAUGGAGGGAAGUAACGCUGACUGUUCGGAGCCUUUGUGUUGUCGCUUAACAAAUGGUCCAGCGGCAUCAAAAGAUCAAAAAGCCGGAAAGUGGGGCGACUACAGGAAAUGCGAUACACCAAAAGUAACAGUUGACAAUAUGUUGAAACACAUUCAGGAUACGCAUACUGAUAUUGAUUAUAUUAUGUGGACGGGAGAUCUGCCGCCUCAUGAUGUAUGGAAUCAAACCCGUGAAGAAAAUCUGAAAAUAAUCCGAGAGACAGUUUUGCAAAUGGCGGAGCGUUUUCCGGGUAUACCAAUAUUCCCGGCUUUGGGUAAUCAUGAAUCUGCACCGGUGAAUAGCUUUCCGCCGCCAUUUGUCGACACACCCGACAGUGCCAUUUCGUGGCUGUACGACGAAUUAAACGAACAAUGGCGAAAAUGGCUGCCAAGUUCGGUCAGCAAUACUGUCCGACGCGGCGCUUUCUAUUCCGUCUUGGUCCGCCCUGGUUUUCGGCUGAUUUCGCUCAACAUGAACUACUGUAAUAACAAAAACUGGUGGUUGCUGUUGAACAGCACUGAUCCGGCAACGGAACUGCAAUGGUUUAUUUAUGAACUCCAAUCGGCCGAAUUCAACGGCGAAAAAGUCCACGUAAUCGGGCACAUUCCGCCCGGUCACUCGGACUGUCUCAAGGUCUGGUCACGGAACUACUACGCCAUUAUUAACCGUUAUGAGGCGACGAUCACCGCGCAAUUCUUUGGCCAUACGCAUUACGACGAGUUCGAAGUUUAUGACAACAAAGAUCUGAGCAGGAGUAUUAACAUUGCUUAUAUCGGACCAUCGGUGUCGCCAUACUAUGACCUUAAUCCCGGCUACCGGAUUUAUUAUGUUGAUGGGGAUCAUGAGAAAACAACCAGGGCUGUAAUUGAUCAUGAAUCAUGGACGAUGAAUCUGCGUGAAGCGAAUUUAUACGGAUACCCAAUCUGGUUUAAAUUAUAUUCAGUACGACAAGCCUUCGGUAUGGAAGCAUUACGACCAAAAGAUUGGGACGAGUUGAUCGAGAAAAUGUCGAAUGAACCAGCUUUUGACUUAUUCUAUAAAUACUACUACAAAGCGUCGCCAGUGCGUCCCGGCUGCGACAAUGAGUGCAAGAAGCGAAUACUUUGUGAUCUCAGAUCGGGACGUUCACACGAUCGGAAGAAUCUCUGCCAAACGAUUGAAUCACGUAUUGACACCACGACAAAUGUCGGAUGGAAGCAAUGGUUAUAUAAUACUAUUACAGUAUCGAUGUCGAUGCUCUGGUCAAUCCCUAGACUAACGAUACAACUCCCAAAAUAUGUACUUGGAUUAGGAUAAUGUUAAUGCAUGCAAUACAAUAAGAGAUUCUUGUAAUACUUUAAGACACCGGCAAGAAACGCUGUUUAGUAUUUAUUACUUGUUUUGUUUAUAAAUAUUAAACAAACUUUUAUAAACCCAAGUCUCAAAAUUAGGAUUAAAUUUUCGGAGAAACACAGUUUGUGUGUGUGUUUUAAAGUUUCAAAUCAAUUUUUACUUGCAAAGUUGUACUGUAAAUAAAUAGAUUCACAGCUGAUAGAUAAUAAUAAACUUUAUUAUUAAUAUAUUAUUAUAUAGAGUAAAUAUGCAAUUAUUUUAAAUGUUUGUGUAGUAUUCAAUCUCAUUUAGUUGUGUUUGUUUUACUUGCGAGUAUUUUUAAGCAAAUAUUUGCAAUUUGUGGUGUUUUUAACAUUUACUGCGUUGGUAAAACAAUACAACUAAAACUUACUUGAUUAUUUAUAGUUAGUGUGUAGGUUUUUACAAUAAAUUUUAAUUUAUUUAUUAUUUAAAUAACAAUAUCAAUCUGCAAAUUUGUACAUUAAUAAUGGCUGUGUAUUUUUGAUAAAUGAAAUCGAAAUACAAUAAAAUAAAACAAUAUGUGUAACACGA